UUUUCAAAAAUGGUGCCUGUUAUUAUUUUUGACCGUAUUUCCUUUCCAAAUUUUCAAUUAAACAAUCGGGCAGAGAAUGUUGAAAUUAAGGAAUUAAAUAUUCCUGUAGUCAGAUAUACAAAUUACCAAAUUUCAAAUAUUUACAAUCCAAAGGAAAGAUUUUCAUUUUGCAAUAAAGAAUGGAAUGGAUCUGUUGUUUACAUUAAAAUCAAAAAAUUAAAGAUUAGAAUUUGA